AUUGUUGUAAAGUGAUAAACAAGUGAGUGAAUAAAACAAGUGAAGUGAUGGAGCAGCAGAGCUUCUGUCUGAAGAUAAUAAGGGAGGAAGUGUUCCAGCCAGUGUACGUGCCGGAGGUCUUGUCCCGGCCCAGCCCGGCCCGGCCCGGCCCGCCCCUGCCCGCCUGCCCUGCCCUGCCCCGGCUGGAUGGAAAGUAGCGGUUUCCUCCGAGCAGGGAGCCGAGAGGGAGCAGGCGGAGUGAAAGUGCACACGUGGACAGUGGACACCUGAGACUGACAUGGACGUCAGCCAAUGAUAGCACGGAAUGAUGACGCGAGCUCAACUCUGUCAUCCAAUGGGAUCGUUUGUCGGGGGGUAAAGCCCUAAACUGUUGCUGAGACUCGGGGAAAAAAUGGAAAAAAAGGUUGGGAAGCGGGUCUGGUCUGGAGGCAGCUGGGACCAGAUUCGGAUGUUCACCGAGGAGCACAGGACAUCUCUCUGCUUUGGAAACAUGAUUUGUUUGCUAAGAAAAUGAAGAUGCUUUGAUAUUUCUGUCUAAACAUACUUUUAUGUAAUAACUUUUCAUCUCCAGUGACGAACAUACUUGGGGGCUCGGAGUCAUGGGGAGCUUCAAGGGCCACGCGCUCCCUGGAUGCUUCUUUCUGGUAGCUGGGAUCUGGUGGACAGGGAAGCACUCGCUCUGGCACGCCACCCGCAGGAACAAGAACAUAGGCUCCACCCGGCUGGCCAGCAGAGCCUCACAGCGCCGCCUGGAGGUCGGCGAAAGCUCUGUCAUACUCUUCUGCUCUUUUGUUGGGAUGCUGGCGGAGCAGUUUGCAGCGGACGGGCCGAGACUACAGCUGUAUAACUUCGCAGAGAAACACUGGCAGUAUCUGAUGAACUGGCAGCACGCCACCAUGUACCUGUUCUUUGGCGUGGCCGCCACUGUCAAUCUGAUCGUACACACCACAGAGGUUGCUCCCCUGGCAAUGGAUAGGUUAAUGCUGGCUAUUGCUUUCUUUAAUGAAGGGUUUCUUUUCUUCUACCACCUCCAUGGCAGGAGUAUGCUGGACGUCCAUGUGCACCAGCUACUUCUCUUCGCCAUCUUUGGCGAGGCGGUUGUUGCCUUCCUUGAGGUCUUCCACCGAGGUAACAUCAUCCUGGAGCUGCUGCGCUGCACCCUCACUCUCCUGCAGGGGAGCUGGUUCUGGCAGAUUGGUUAUGUGCUGUACCCCCCCCACGGCCCUGAGUGGGACCUAAAUGAUCACAACAACAUGAUGUUCGUCACCAUGUGUUACUCCUGGCACCUCGCCUUCGCCAUGCUCGUCGUGAGCACGCUCUAUUGCACCGUCAGCUGUGUGGUUCGCUCCAGAUUGAGGAGGACUCCUCCAAUGGAAAUGGGACUUCUGAAGCUGAGAGACAGAGAUCCAGAGUCAGAAGAUGAGAUUCUGUGAAGAGGACUGUUGACUCAUGUGUAUCACACUUAAAUCAGGGAUAUGAUGUCUGCAGUACAAGCAGCAGUACGACCAGAAGCAAAGUGUGCAGACAGAAGAGGGAAGGACAAAGUUUCUGGAUGCUUUACUUUAGAAAUAUUUCUCUACCUCUGCCUUAUUUAAUCAGCUGUAAAGCCCUUUAUCCUUACUCUCGUUAUUUAAUGUUAGUUAUUUUACUGUGUCCUAAUACUUUUCAUAUACUCGGUCAUAUCAUUUUUGCCAAUUAUUAUUUUGCACAUACAAUAUAAGUGAACAUGAACUCAUGAGGGUAAGCUUUUUAUGGAUUGCAUGCUUUUCAUUUGACUUGCCAAAAACACACAUUGUUUUUUGGUGUUACGCCAUCUUGUGGCCUUUUUGUUUCAUAUUGUUGAAGCUCAAACCCAAAUGCCAAAAAAAUAAGAAUUUUAUUAAAAUUGUUUAAAUGUUUAGAUUUGGCUAUUUGAUGUUGUUACAGAUUAUAUUAUGGUU